AUGAAUGAGGAUAUUAGUCCGACGGUAAAUAAUCUAUCUAUCUAUCUAUCUAUCUAUCUAUCUAUCUAUCUAUCUCAGUCUGUUCAUAUCUAUCUAUAUCAGUCAGUUCAUAUCUAUCUAUCUAUCUAUCUAUCUAUCUAUCUAUCAACUUCCGAAGUUCAUGAUUACUUUUUCUUCAACCAUUGCAUUUUCUUUCACAUGCUUUUGUGGCAGAACAAAUCAUGGCUGAUUCAUCUAAAUAGGUAUCUAUCUAUCUAUCUAUCUAUCUAUCUAUCUAUCUAUCUAUCUAUCGAAAGAGAGGGAGAGGGAGAUAUCGGUAUGUAUAUAUAUCUAUUAGAGAGAGAGAGAGAGCGAUCUAUCUAUCUAUCUAUCUAUCUAUCUAUCUAUCUCACCAUUAUCUAUCUAUCUAUCUAUCUAUCUAUCUAUCUAUCUAUCUAUCUAUCUCGAUCUUCUGUUUCUAUCUAUCUAUCUAUCUAUCUAUGUAUGCAUGUAUCUAUCUAUCUAUGUCAAAUUGUUUCUGUCUUUCCUUCUGACUGCCUUAGUCUAUUCACAUCUAUCUAUCUAUCUAUCUAUCUAUCUAUCUAUCUAUCUAUCUAUCUAUCUAUCUAUCUAUCUAUCUAA